AUGAUGUUGUUUUAUGGUAUUUGUGGCAUUUGCCCUGAAAUUUGUCUUGGUGAUGGUAAUGAGAAGAAUUGUUGUUCUAAUGCUCAGGUGCAUGAAACAAUUUCACUCUUUUAAUGACAUUAAUAAUGUGGAACUUCUCUAGAAAAAAAUAAUGAAUAUAAUGUCAUGUUUUCCCAUCAUUUCAAUCAUAGUGGAAAAAGAACAGGUAUUAGCUUCAUCCAAAAAAUUUUCCUUGUUGAUUUUCUGUAUCAUUUUCAUAGUAAUGUUGUAGUAGUAUUGAAGAGAUGUAAAGAAGUCUCUUUAAAAAAGCUAAGUCAAGGCUCAAGUAUUCUGUCAUGAUUUAAUGAGAUAAGCUGACUUCUUAUAGUACAUAUCCUAUUUUAGGGGGCUUUGUAAAUCAAGCCUUUUUGUCGGCUGUUGAUGCUUUCUAAGAGAGCGAAAGGUUUUACUGCACAUAAAAAAUUAUAAUAAUGAUGUUAUUAAUAAUAUUGAUGUGGAGUGGACAAAGUGGAAGAGCCUGCAUUAAUCCAAACAUGCUGCAUCUAUAUUCCCAAAGAAAAAGUAAGCCCACACACUACUGACUGAUGUGCUUGUUGCCAAUUCAUGGAACCUUCUUCGACUCUUCUUAACAAUUUCUAGUCUUCUCCCUCUGUCUCCUGUUUGGAGCAGUUUAGAAUUUGUUCAGUGGCAGCUUAUUUUCCCUUUAAUUUAAUAUUAUUAUUGGAAGAGUUGUGUGGAAGUCUAUGGCUAAAGUUAUUCCUGCUGUUAACCGUCUUCUUUACAUAUUUCUUUUUUAGAUUCACUACACUAAGAAAGACGAACCCAAGAAGGACAUGAUUAAUCUUCCAGAAUUGCUUCAGAGAUUGCGAUUUCGAUGGCUGGAACGUGUGGUUUAUACCAGAAUAGCUAAACCGUUUUCUUUGUCAGUGGAAGAAAUUCCUCCUCUCAUCCCAUCUGUCUUGUCUGGAGAUGUGAUUUUCAAUACAGAGGCUGAAAAAAAAAGUGUUUACCUUGAAUCUGGUUCAAAGCCUUCAGGUAUAUAACAAAUUGUAUUGUGUAUGUAGGUAUUAGUAUGUAUACUGGUAUGUAUGUACGUACAUGCAUAUGUGUAGGUACAGUUGACUCCCGAUAACUCAAACCUUCCAAGGAAAAUCGAAAAGAGUUUGAGUCUUCGGAGCUUGAAGAAAAUAGCCCAGAGUAAGGACAAAAACAAUUUUGACAGCACAGUGGACAUUUUAAAGAAACGUUAAGUAAAAAUUAAACAGUACUUCAAGGUCAUAAAUCAGAACAUGGUAUAACAAAAAUGUUGCCUAAAUAGAGCAUUUGUUUUAACUUUGAUGAGAAGUACAGCUGUUUUACAUCAGAUUUGUGCCAAACAUUAUGAGCCUCCACUAGUAGUAAAUGCCUACAAUGGAAAAUUCAAAAUUCAAUGUUAAAUUACAGCAAAUCAAUUUUGUUUAGAGUUAGCAAGGGUUCAAGUUUUUGGGAGUCAACUGUAUGUGAUAAAAAUGCAGUUUAUUAUAUUAUGCAAAGUUAUAGUCCUUUCAGUCACUGAGACAGAUGUCUUGAUGCAUUGGCCAAGCGAUAGCCCAGUUAUUACAAGAAAAUAUUGCACACUGAACAGCCAAUCAGAGCGUGCAUCCUGUUGUAUCCAUGUAAUAAAUGUACAUAAAAUGUAAAUUAUACCAAUGCAAUUACAUAUUUCAGGUGACCCAGCAAUGUUACAUAAAAUGAUUGUGGAUGGCAGCAUAGACAUGGAAAACCUGCAAGAACUUCAGUAUGAUGAUGUGGUCAAAGCCUGUUCUUCCUGUAACAUUGCAACUUCAGGAAAAUCAAAGGUACUAUAUAACAACUGCUGUUGGCCUUUUUUUAAAUGCAUUUGAAUUGGCACCUAUAUGUGUUAGAAAGUAAAGAUUUUUGCAUAGCUGUUAAAUCUGAGGAAAUGGAAUUUCUCUUCCAAUGUGGAAUAGCAGUUUGUGGGAUACAGCUACUGUAUUGCUUUCUUUAAGUUUAUUUUGUUUGUCUACACAAUAGUCUCCUAUGCAGUUGCUGUUUGGGAAAGUACAUGCUAUAGUGGUUGACCUUAUUUUUUUUUCAAUCAACUGAUUUACAAACAGUAUUAUGAUAUCUCUUUCAGCAAUUCUUGUGUGGGAUGCUUCAAGGACUAUACGCUUCAAUUCUCAUAGGCAAUUGCCCUUGUCAUAGUUUUGGAAAACUGCCUGGACACACUGGAGGAUUUUACCAUUUAGUGUGCCGUCACGGGGUAUGUAGUAUGAUUUUCAGUUUAGGCAUUAUGGUGGAAUAUUACUCGGGUUUUAAUAAUAUUGUCAUGUUUUGGCAUGGGUAGUUGGCUCCAUUUCUGACUCAUUUGCAUAUGGAAAAGCAUGGAGAAUUGUAGGUGGUGACAGGUUGUGGAAAACAGUAUCACUGGAACAAAAAAAAUUGGUCUCUGACAACAGAGUAAUUAUUGAAAAGGUCAAAACAUCAUUUCUUAACUACCAUUAAUUUUUGAGCCUUACCCUACUUUGUUGUUUUCUUAAAUUGGUAUUAAAUACAAACGAAAUCAUCAACAGUGUCCCUUUUGUUUUUCAGAGCACUGUGGCAUCAAAAUUCCUUUCUCUUACGGAGUCUGUAAGGGAUGCUGCAGAUCUUUACCUGUCACUGAAACAUCCACCUGUUGUUUUCAUCAAUGAUACUCCCUGUGGAUUUGUCCGCCAUAUGGAGUGUCGUGAUCCAGCAAUUGCACAAGAGCUGUGGGGUUCCACAGCAGGGUGUUUUCAGACCCCAACUCUUCACCAGGAUCCGGAAGGGGUAUGUGCCUUUUGUAAUGAUACAAAAACUAUGUAGGGGCUGGAGGGUGGGGUUAAGGAAAAAAGAGCCCCAUUGCAACAAUGUUUCACUGGUUUGAUGAGAAUCAGAUUCAUUAUUUUGGAUGCACAAUGCUGGUUGGUAGACAUUUAAUUAUCGAUGAAGGCUUUCGUUGGCUGGCAAUGGUGAGAUUUGUCCUCUCGAGACCUUACAAGAAUUUUCCAAAAUAUAUGGAAAGUGUCCUUUGAGGAUUAGAGCAAGAAGGGGAUGAAAGUGCUGGGUAGACAUUCCUUCUCCAAAAGCUAUGGAAAACAUGUCUGAAAACAUCAGCUGCAGACAUGCUGUUGGCACAAUAUAUUUGUGGAUAUUUAUCACAGCCUCAUUAAGAGCUUUCUGUUAAAAAUCCCUCCCAGACAAAAUUUUGAAACAAAGGAAUUUUUUAUGGAAUUAAAAAAUAUUAAUAAAAUCAAAUAGUAUUCUUUCUGAUUGCAAAAUGUAGCCAUUGCUUAACCUACCCUUGUGGCAUAAUGGACAUCAGAGGUCAAUUUCUGUGUGUUCUGCAAUCACUGCCAUCUCCAGAAUUUUAUCUUGAUGUAUGGAAGUGUCAGACAUGCAUUAUAUUCCUCUGAGCUCUUGCUAUCACUUUUUGAUAUAAACUAUUCUAGUGGAAAGUGACCCCUGAUUAGUUUUAUUUUGUCACUGCCUGCAUUUUUAGCUCCUUUUUGUAUGUAUAGUGGAGGCAGAAAGAGGGACAAUACAUAUCUUGUGACAAAUUUGUUUCCAGCUGGCGAAAAAUUGAGGUGGAAAAAAAAUAGAUGUUUUUAUCAUACCAAGACAAGCCUAGUACAUUUUGUGACUGGUCUACUUUUUCCAUGUUCAUUUAAAUUUGUCGUUUGUUUGCUUGGUUUUUUUAAUAUUCUAAUUUCUGACAAUUUUCAGAACCAGAAUUUUCCUUGCAUUGUUCCUUUGGAGUACAGUGAUGGCAGUAAUAUUCGAAAGCAGUCGAGUGUUGUUGCUAGGUCACAUCCCCUCAUAGACACCACCAAGCAUUUUGUACUUGGCGACCGAUUCCACGCUUCAACAAAUCCUCAUCAGUCCCAUCUGUGUAAAUUCCAUGACCUUGAUUUGUGUCUCCAAGCCAACACAAUCAAGACAAGUAUCCAGGAGUCCCAAAACAACCGAAAAAAAGAAUCAAAGGAGGCUGAGGAGUUCUACAGUACAGAAUUUUGA